CUAUGAAAUCACGUGGAGAAGAUAUCAAUUCAUUUAGAGCUGCCGACAGCGGACUUGUCGCUGCCCUUACAGUGAAAAUUAUAUUUGAUAAUGUGCGUCUUAAAAAUAAUUAAUUCUGUAUAUCACCGGUCUGUUCUUCAGUCAGCAUCAACAGAUUUAUAGAGUCGACGGCGGUACUGUGUCCGAAAAAACCCCCACCAGUUCUGGAUAGCAACAAAGCAAGCGACUGCCGCCCGAUGAGUGUAUAAAUGUAUGGUUUAUGUGCAUUGUGAUAUUCUCCACAUCUACAGCGUUUGGAAGUUUCUUCUUCGUUCUCCAUAAUUAGUUUGGCAGAUCUGCAAAGAAGCUCAUUUUGCCUCUACAGAAACAUCCUGAAAGAACUUGAUGAUGGGUCGGAGCCUUGCACUCGUGUGUUUCUUUCUCAUCUCUGCCAUGUUUGCUGCUCCUUCGGAUGCCCUCUUGCCAAUGGACAAGUCCAAGAUCAGAGGGAUGUUCGUGUUUGGGAGUUCUGUAGUCGACAGUGGCAAUAAUAACUUCAUCCCCAACCUCGUGAACAGGGUGGAUUAUCCCCCUUACGGAAUUGAUUUUCCUCUUGGCCCUAACGGAAGACCCUGCAAUGGCGAGAAUAUGGCUGACAUACUCGGAAAAAUGCUCAACCUCCCAAACUACAUCCCACCCUUCAACGAUCCCUCAACAACUGGUACCAGAAUAGUUCAUGGCGUUAACUAUGGCUCUGGUGGCUCUGGCAUCCUCGAUGAAACUGGUGCUUCCCUGGGAAAUUUAAUUAGCUUGAAUGGGCAAAUCAGGAAUUUUGAAGCGACGACUCUACCAGAAUUGGAGAUGCAGUUGGGACAAAACAGGAGCAGGAUCUUGCCUCAGUACCUCUUUUUUGUGGCCAGUGGAGGAAAUGACUACUCAUCAAACUAUCUCCCGAAUUUGACUGGAAGGAAUGUCACUCUUGAAGAUUUUACUGCCAAUUUGACAUCCACAUUCACUCUCCAGCUGAAGAGGCUGUAUAGUUUGGGAGCUCGCAACUUCGUGCUCGCAUCAAUCAAUCCAAAUGGUUGCGCUCCAUUGGCCACGGCGUCGGCUCCUGGUGAAGGCUGUGUAGAAAGUACAAAUAACGCAGUUCAAAAGUUCAACAUCCAGAUGAGGAGCUUGACAGAUUCUCUCAGACCUCAAAUGCCUGGAUCUCGCCUUGUUUUUGUCAAUGCUUACAAAAUUAUUAGAGAUAUUAUAAGAGAUCCAAUCGUUAAAGGUUUUCGCAAUGUCCAUACUUCUUGCUGUAAUAUAUCUGCAUUUGGGUUUGGGUGUGAAAGAGGAGGGCCAGUUUGUACCAACCGCAACGAGUAUGUGUAUUUUGAUGAGAAUCAUGUUACAGAAGCUGUAAAUCGUGUGAUUGCAACCAAGGCCUUCUCAUCCAACCUCAGAGCUGAGGUCUAUCCUUAUAAUGUCCAGAAGCUCUUGCAAAUGUUAGAUGUCAUGUAUCUGAGAGCAGACCCUCUACGUACUUAUUCUGCACACAAGGCUGCAUUGGUUAGCAAAUAGCAACACACAUGCUGCGAUUAAUGGCAGCUAAUAACAUGUAAACUAUUCAUGGAGCAAUCGUCUUGUCUUUGUUAUUGCCAAUACCAAAGUCUAUGAAAAUGAUCGAUGCACCUGCAACCUCUGCUGUUGUAUAUUUGUAUUAGCCCCUUUGCUUUGGGUAUUGUCCAAAUUAAGCAAAUUAAGAACA